AUGCUCCGUCGCAUCAAGGAGAAAGCUCGAGUUAGAUUCCACCGCAAGCGUUUAUCAACUGGAGAAAGCUUAACAGCCAACAUUGGUUCCAAAGCCCCUACAGCCUUUUUCGAGGAGAUGCAGCAACAAGAAGCAUCAAAUGACGCACUACGCCGUCAGCUGGAACUGCUCCGUCGCUUGCAACUGGAGAAUAAUCGCUUUCGACACGAAGUAAGGUCCCUGCGAGAGCGGAAUGAGGUGUUGAAAGAGCGUGAUGAGAUCCGGGAACGUGAAGUGAAGCGCCUGCGAGAAGAAGUUAGCGAAUUGGACGCCAAAGUUCAGCGUGACCAAGUGAGUCUGGCAACGGCACCACAGACAGCACACUCGCUCAAAGUGACGCAGAAGAAGCUGACAGCAGCCCAGGCCGAGAUUCGCGACCUGCAAGCCGCUUUACAAGAGACACGAGAAGCACGAGAUCAGCUGCAAUCCGAGUCACAGUUGGAGAUUUCGGAUCUGGCGCUGGAAUUGAAGCGAUGGAAACGCAACAUGAAGCAGCAUCGUCAACAAGAACAUCGUAGCAGUGAAGAGAUCGAGUUGUACAAGAAAACUGUAACAGAUUUAGAAGCAGAAGUGGCUGAGCGGCGCUCUAAAUUCAAAGAAACGAAGCGGGAAAUCGCCGAACUAACUGCGACUUUGGCGAAAACGACUGCACAAUGCGCGUUAGUCGAGACAACCGCCGCGGAUUGUGUGAAACGUAUGGAGGAAGGUAUGGAGGCUUUACAGAAGGCAAUCACACACGAACGUGAGAAGCGAAAGAAGGUCGAGACUGUGCGCAGCAAUCUGCAAAUGCAGAUGGAGCGCAUGCAAGCAGAGAACGCUCUACUUCUGGACAAGAAGCGAGAGCUGGAGCAACAAUUAGCUCUUUUCCAGGAGCAUUGGACGGAGCGUAAACAAGCGUAUCAGGAACAGCUCCAGAGGAUUGCCGCUCAGCUGGAGGAUCACGCCUCCAAGCACAAAAGCGACGCUGCUACAAUUGGCAGUUUACGUGAGGAAUACGAAGCCCUUGAGAGCCGCUUGGGAGAAGCUCAAGCGGUAGCGACUGAGUUGAAGCUGGAGGUUGUUGAAGAAGCACGUACAGCUCAGAAGCAAGCUGAGGCACUUCGCAAAUAUGUUGAACGAGCUCUUCAUGGCACGAGUGAAGCUGACGACGCGGCAAUCGAAGCUCAAGCGGAUUCGGGGCGACCGUGUGCGGUGCCAGAGCUUCAGAUUGUCCAAGCUGCGAUAUCUGCGCUGCGGAACGAGACAAUGAACAUUGUGCACGAAUUUCAGCAUGCUCGCCACCUUGUUCGACAGCAAGGGAGUAAACUGACGCUAGCAGUGGAGCAUGUAUCCGAGCUAGAGCAUUUGCGAGCGGAUGAUGCUGCAAAGAUGAAUGAAUUGCGCGAGCAGCGUAACCUGGCCAAGCAAGCACGUGAGAUCGCCAGCAAAGAGAAGACGGAGGUGCUCAAGUGGAGUGAGAAAAACUGCGAGAGAAUUGGAAGUUUGGAAGCAGAGCUAAACAAGUGCGGACAGCUCGUUUUUCGUGUGCGAAAGGUGGUGCAUGACGCUCUUGACGCAGAGGGGUCUUGGGAUAAGCCAGAGUCUGUCGGUGGCGAGUCACUUGCACGAUCAUUUUCUGCGCUUGAAAAGGAGAUUGAUGCCCUUGUGUUAAUGAGAGAUCACUGGCGAAGAGAGAGUGAAAAGCAGGCUCGUGAUACGAAAGAAGCGCAGUCACAGGUGCAGUCACUGGAAAAAGAAGCCGCUGCUAAAGAUGAUGAGUUCAAGGAAACGAUGGAGGAGGUGGCGCGAGUCCAUAGCAAGAACGCACAGGAGCAAAAAUCUCACUUUGAACAAUGUGUCGCUGAUGUGGAAAGUGAACGAGCAGCACUGGAGACCAACCUGCAGGAAGAAGCCGCUAAGCGUGUCGAGGAACAGGAGAACAAUGCCAAACUGCAGCAAGUGGUGGACGGCUUUGAAGAGGAUGUUCCAGUCUUCGCAACGAUCCUUCAUCUCUUCGUCCUCGUAGUGCAGCCACUCAUUCUCCAAGUCAGUGAUUUACUAGCUCAAAAGCGCUAUCUCACUCGCGAAAACGCCAAGCUCGCUCAAGCUCAAGAACAGAUCGAGUGUAUCGGCCAAGUAUUAAAGGAGAUGAUUCCAGCUACAGCGCAGAAUGAAGAGAAGAUCAAAGAACGACAACGUCGACGAGUAUUCCGACGUGUGGUGAUUGCUGUUGCAUAUGGACUCUCAGCACCGCUCAAGAUGGUGAAGUCCAGAAAGACAACGAGUACGUUGUCAUCUCAAUCUACGAUUAUCAAGGUGCUGCCUCCGCAGCAAACAUCGUCGAGACUUUCUCUUCGUCCCCUAUUGGAGCGACUCAAGAAGAUGGACAUUACGGGCAAAGCUGCUCAAGUGAUGGAGUCGAACGCAACUUUAUCGGGGCAUUUGCCUUCUUCUCUCGGCACUUUGAUUCUUAAAGUAGUUAUGGCAACCAACCCAGCGUCGAAGGAGCUUCUAGUGGCCAGCUCCAGUGGAACCUUCCACUGCCAAGCUUUACUGGAGCGUCGACGUCGAUCAAACAAGAAACGAAUGGAUCAGCAUGAUGAUACACUGGCAGAGUAUGAUAGUUCUCUGUCUUUUGAGGAAAAUGUUCCGACUGUGGCGUUGAUUCGGAAACGGAUUCUAGCUCUUGGCAAGCGAGUGGAAGACCUGCACUAUCAGCGGAACUCACUGCAGAAAGAGAAUUACGAGCUCCAGUUCCAACUGGACCAACAAGCCAAUAGCUUGAAAGACAUGGAGGUUUUGCUGGAAAAGACUCGAGAUCUUCAAGAUGAUAUGGUGGCUUUACGCAGUGAAACUGACCAAGAACUUCAAAGAGCACAGCAGAGACAAGCAGCAAAGGACCAGGAAAUGCAAUCAAAGGAAGACGAAUUAAUCCAAGCAGCAACGAAGAUUGACGCACUGCAAACUGAGAUUUCACAUGCUGAAAAGCGGAUUGAAAGGGCGGAAACGGAGAAAGGCUCGUUGCAGCGAGAACUUGACCAAUUAAAGAGUAGUUCCAUCGAAGAGGAAGAGAAAGCCGAUAAAUCGAAAUCCGCAGCACGUCGGCAGGAAGAGGAAGUCCGAAGUCUCAAGCAGGCUAACAGGAGGUUCAGGAGAAAGCGGCGUUGCAGACGGUGGUGA